AUGAACCUAUUGUCCUAUUUUUAUUACUCUUCCACCUCCCAGACUGCGACUCAGUCGAAGGAUAAUGUUUCGACGGAGACCACAGUGAGAGAAACGGCGGAACACCACAGUGGAGAUGCGGUCGUUUCUGUAACCACCGAAUCCGAGGUCAAGACAACGACUGUGGUUGUUGAAGACGUCCCCGAUUUCCCAAAGCCCAAAGCCAAGAAGCGAGUUUCGUUUCGUCAGGCCAUCUCCUUGACGCGGGUGGUCCCCCAAGUGGACAAGGGAUUAGUCGUUCCUGCUCCCUCGGCGCCCGCUGAGGCCAAGCCUGUCGAGUCAAAGCAUCGCAAGGAGCGUAUCUCCAGAGCGGACAGGCGAGCGAAGAAAAGCGCGCAACGGCUCCAGUCCCUCAUCGUAGGAGAAGCAAGCACAGCUAUCCCGGCAGUCACCCCAGUGGUCGCUAAAGCUCGCCUCGACAAGAUCAAGUCGCAACUUUCGCGGCCCAAGACGGGUAACAAAGUUAUCGCGGAACUUCGACGCCUUCCUGUCGGUGAAGCUGACCUACCCAGCGAAGCGCCUAUCCAUGCUGUCUGUCUGGCGCACACGGACGCAGAGGAGGACUGCCUUCACUUUGCGAAGUUGAAGUCGGAGAACGGAGGGGCGUUAUAUCAACUGCCGUCAUUUUCGACAGCCUCCCUGACCACGGCUCCGGUGGAAAAGCUUGCAGAGGUCCUGAACGAUUUGCAGGUUGUGGAUUUGCUUCAGGCUCCAGAUCUUGGACUUGGCCAACCGGGGGAUGGGAAGGGCUUACUGGCAGGCGCAGUCCCGACACCUGAGACGGUUCUCAACGGGGUGAAACAAAUUACACCUCAACUUAUGGCCCUGGGUCGUGCUACUGGACGCAUGAUCCAACCUGAUCACAGAGGUGUAUAUCCUCCAACGGAUCGUUUCUCUGUUUUAACUUACUGGUGGGGCCUCGAAGUGCUCAUGCCUCCGCCCACGUUGGAAUAUUUGGCGACUGCUCAAUCAAUAGCUGCUUCGGUCGUGAACUUCUUGUCGGCUAUGGCUCUGGUCCACAAUGGGAUUAGAGAAAUCUUGCCCUUGGUUCGAUAUAUCGCACAAUACAUUGAGAUUGAAUACGCGUCCAUCAAGGCUCAAGACAAGGGCAAAGGUGUUGUCUGUGCAGCAACUUGGUUGAUGCCGGCGGCCUUGGUUCCACGCCCUUGGGACUUUCCUGAUCCACCCGCAUCGACUGAGCGCCCCCAAGCAUUGGCGCAAGUCAAAGAUGAUGAUGGGAGCAAGAGCCCCUAUGAAUCCCGGCCAAUAUCGUCAAUGCUGGAUAUUGUUACACCGGCCGUCUCGGUCCCUUCUGUUGAGGCUUGA